AUGGCCCCCCGUGUGGACAGCGACGCCAUCCCAGGCACUUUCACCCUGGUGGACGUGGAUGGUGUAUUGGCCACUCGUCACCUUGAUAGAGGAGACAGAGAUAUUGUCCUUGUGCCUGAACCCUCCAAUGACCCAGAUGAUCCCCUGAAUUGGUCACCACGGCGCAAGCUACUAUCUACGAUCUGUGUGAGCGUGUACACCUUGUUUGCAGGCAUCUCAACCUCAGUCGUUUAUUCUGUGCUUGUUCAGCUCUCUGAAGAGACCGGUGUUGCGGUGGACACUCUCAACCAGGGAACCGGAUAUCUGUUCUUGCUCGCAGGCUGGGGCCUUCUCUUCUGGCAACCAUUUGCAUUGCAGUAUGGUAAACGAUUGACUCCUUAUGUUCGUUCAAACGGCGAGUGGAUUGGCCGCAGCAUUCUUUCAGGCUUCUUCGUUGCUCCGAUCGAAGCCCUUCCAGAAGUGACCGUCACCGAUGUGUGCUUUACCCAUGAACGAGGGAGGUAUAUGGGCCUGUACGCCUUCUUCUUGGCCGGGAGCAACUACUUUGCGCCAGUAAUAUGCGGCUUCAUCGCCCAAUAUCAGGGAUGGCAAUGGGUUUUCUACUGGCCUGCCGUAUUCUGCGCUGUUACUAUCGUGUUCCUCUUUUUCUUCAUGGAGGAGACAAACUACGCGCGGAGACGUGCCGAGACAGCCACGGUCGAGGGCAUGUUAGAAUCGUCAACGACUCCCUCCGAGCAAGGUGACCGGGAAAAGCCUCUACCUGCCACUGCACAACCGGAUCAAACAGAGUGCGGAGUUAUGUACAGCAAGAAAACGUAUAUUCAGAAGCUGUCAAUCAUUGGACCUCGGCAACCCAGGAACAACAUGUUUAGGAGGUUCUACCAAACUUUGUACUACCUGAGCUGGCCGGUUAUCUUCUAUGCUGGGUUUUCGUAUGGCUCGUAUCUUAUUUGGUUCAACGUGUUGAAUGCCACUGCAUCUCUUAUUCUGGGGUCGGCACCAUAUAAUUUCAGUUCAUCGAUGGUCGGUCUGAGCUAUCUCGCAUGCUGUCUGGGUGUCAUUUGCGGAUCUCUUUUCACCGGAAGAUUCAGUGACUGGCUUACUAUCAGACUAGCUCGACGGAACGGCGGAGUGAUGGAAGCCGAGCAGCGUCUCUGGCCCUUCCUUGCGUGUCUGAUCAUUGUCCCUGGAUCGUUGCUACUCUGGGGUGUGGGUGCAGCCCACGAGGUCCACUGGUUCGGACUUCUAGUCGCGAUGUGCCUUCUUGCGCUCGCCAACACCUGUGGAAUAACCCUGAGCGUCAACUAUCUCGUCGACAGCUACAGGGAGCUGAGUGGCGAUGCGAUGGCUAGUGUGAUCUUGGUUCGCAACACAAUGUCGUUUGCCAUGGGCUACGGUAUAACACCCUGGCUUGAAGACCUGGGAUACCAGAACUGCUUUGUGUCAGCGGCGUUCAUUGGCAUGGCCAUAUCUGCCGUGUUCCUGGUGAUGAUCAAAUGGGGAAAGACAUUCCGAGCUCGCAGUCGCGACAAGUACUGGAGCAUUGUCAGGGAGAAUCAAGCCAGGGGAAUGGGACAUUGA